AUGGGCCGCCACUCACCGGACCAGAAUCAGUCACACAACGUCGUGGCCAAUGGUAGUGGAAAGUCUAGUGUCGCAAACACGGAACCAUACUGGGGUGAUAUGCCCCAGGGAACAACUUACAACACCAUCAUUGGACACGGCAGUGAUGAAGAUCCACACGCUCAACAUCGUGCCGUUCCUCUUCACGAGGAGUCGCAAGCUACUUCUCGCCCGACUACCUCAGAUGAGAUUCCACAAGGCACUGGGAUUUACAAUACUGUCAUAGGACAUGGUAGCAACGAAGAUGACCAUGCUCAUUCUUCUGAAAUUUACGCAAAGCGAGCCUUCCCACUGGGAUCUUCGGACUCUUCGACAGACCAUUCAACAAUUGACUCGACAAAGGGCAAGGAUGAGUCGGAACACUCCAAGGACAAGUACCCAAUUGAUGCCGGUGCUAUUGGCGGUGGUAGUAGUGCAGCAUCCAAGCUUCUCCACACGCACAAGGAGAAUAAGGAUGAGAAGGUUGUACCCAAGACAGAGGAGACGAUGAACUCAGACAAGCUCCACCACGACAAUACUACAUCUUUGAGAAAUGAGCCAGAGUUUCCGCGCAACCAAAGUGAGCAGUAUGAUGCUGACUCCGAGAAGUCAAAGGAGAAGAAAAUGGAAGAGGCAGGGGCCGCAGCUGGUGGUGGCAGUCUAAUUUCGAGACUUUUUCACCGAAACAAGGACAGUAAGGAACAACCGGCUGAGCCCAACAGUCCUGUGGAUAAGCCUUCUACUCAAUCGUCGAAGGAAGUCGAACCGGAAACGCUAAAGCUUGACUCACACAAACACGCCGACGACAAUAGGCCCAAGUCAGGCAGACACGCGGGCGAAGUUGGCGCGGCUGCUGGAGCAGGUGGCUUGAUUUACAAGUUGCUACACUCAAACAAGGAGAACGACCACGACGAGAUGAGAAAGGAGAAGAAAGUUUCUUCAUCGGAUCACAUCUAUGCCGCCGCUCAAUCGCAACAGCAGCAACAGUUCACUACUGCCCAGGUCGAAGGACAUGGGCAUUCCAUCAGUACCACUGGCACCCAUGCAAAUUCCGCUCGAAAUGCUGAAGAAUAUACUUCACACACGAACUCCAAUGAACCCAAGAUGCACUCCUCUGCCGCCGAAGCUUAUACACCUACUUCGUUGCAACACGCUUCCCCGUCCUCUUCUCAUCAUAGCCACGAAUCGGAUAACAACCAAAUACGUACUGGUCUAGCCGGAAUUGGAGCUGGAGCCGGAGUUACUUACGGUGCUUCCAAAUUAGCUGAUCGUCAUGAGACCACUAAACCUGAACACAAUCCUGCCCCUUCUCCUGGUUCAAUGACAACGGACAAUGAUCAACUCAAUCAUGCAUCCCCCGGCGAAACUCUAGGCACCAAUGUGGUUGGUACUAAUUAUGCAAACUCCAAUACCAGCUCUACUACCCCGCCUUCUCAAUCCGGUAACGGUCAAGAUUCCUACAAUCAUCUGCGUUCCGGAAAUCCGUCAGGAAUUGCCAUAUCCAAGCAUUCUCACCCAAGUACCAGCCCCACACCUGCUUCAUCUUCUAAGUCAAUCAAUGGCGGAGGAGAUCCUUACAACCAUUUAUCCUCCGGUACACCCUCCGGUAUAGCCAUCGCGCCCAAGCAUGAGUCGAACGCGUCGAAACGCAGUUAUAAUACUUCAAGCCAUCAGUCCUCAAGCUCCUUGACCAGCAUGUCAGAUGCGAAUACUCCUGAUUCAUCCAAGGAAACUUCCAAGGAUGCUAAUGUUGGCAACAUCAUACCUGCAGCUGCCACUGCUGCAUCGGUGCAGAGUGAACAAGGAAAGAUGAUGCAUAAGUGCACCAAGUGCGGCGAGGAUAAUGAUAUAAGUCAUUAUUUCAAAUAG